AUGCUGCUGCUCAGCCUUGCUGUGCUCUGCCUAAUGGGCAACUUUUUUUGCACUGCCGCUCCACUGGGCAACACUACAAGAUCUGGAUCCACCAGGAACAAACUUCUGCUCGUCUCCUUCGAUGGUUUCCGCUGGGACUAUGACCGAGACGUCUACACUCCUAACCUGGAUAUGAUGGCUCAGGACGGAGUGAAGGCAGAAUAUGUCACACCACCUUUCCUCACCAUCACCAGCCCCACACACUUUACCCUGCUCACAGGGCGUUACGUCGAGAAUCAUGGAGUAAUCCACAACAUGUGGUUCAACACUACCACUCAGGAGAAGAAGCAAUACUAUAUGACUCAGUUUGUGGAUUCUUACUGGGACAAUGGCAGCUUACCCAUCUGGAUAACAGCACAGAGACAGGGUCUAAAAGCAGGUUCUCUGCAUUUCCCUGGCACAGCAGCCACCUACAAAGGAGAGACUGUGAAGGUUAGGCAAGUGGAACCUCGUUUCUACGAUCAUUCUAAUGAGACAGAUUGGAGGCUGAACGUAGACAAGGUGGUCGGAGAGUGGUUCGACCAACAGGACCUGGACUUUGUCUCCUUGUACUUUGGAGAACCAGACAAAACUGGGCACGAAUAUGGACCAGAUUCCCCAGAACGUCGUAAGAUGGUCCAGCAAGUGGACCGUACUGUGGGUUACAUCCGGGACAAGAUCCAAGACCAUGGCCUUACUGACCGCCUCAACAUUAUCAUCACUGCGGACCACGGGAUGACUACAGUUCUUCGGGGUGGACUAGUUAACGAGAUCCUCCUCUCUGAGAUCCCUGGCUUUAGCUUCAGGGAUAUCAAGUUUCAUCUGGUGGAUUAUGGUCCCACUGGGAUGCUGCUCCCUAAAGAGGGGAUGCUGGAGAAGGUCUACAAGGCUCUGAAAGGAGGCCAUCCCCAUCUUCACGUGUAUAAAAAGGAGGAGAUGCCAGUUAGACUGCGCUACGGUAACCACCCUCGACUCCUUCCCAUCAUCCUCUUUGCUGAUCCUGGAUAUGUAAUUAAUGGGUUUUUCCCUUUUCAGUUCAACAAAGGGGAGCAUGGCUUUGACAAUAAUUUUAUGGACAUGAAGCCCUUCUUCAGGGUGGUGGGGCCUGAUUUCCAGAAAAACAAGGUGUUCUGGUCCUUUGAGACGGUUCAUUUGUACCCACUGAUGUGCCAUCUACUUGGGAUAAAGCCAGAGAUCAACGAUGGACAUUUGAACUAUACCAAACACAUGCUGGUCCCCAAGAAAGACACAGACGGAAACAACAACAACAACAACAACAAAAUGAAUACCCAAUUCCAAGUGGUCAUCGGCUUAUCGGCAAUGACUGGGUUUCUGGUUCUAGCGUUCAUAGUGACCACUUCCUUUUCUUGGUUUAAAAGGAGCAGAACAGAAAUUCCUUACAACAGCAAACUUGAUGAUGAUGUGGAAGAGACAGAUGUGAAGCAAACCAGUUUAUGAAAAUUCAGAUUGAUGUUUGUUUUUUUCCCCUCAAGUUCAUGGUACAUUUUUCCAUUAAUUAUAAAUAUGAAA